UCCGAACAGGCUAUAUAUAUCUAGACCAAUCAUCCCACGAAUCAUCUCACAAUCAUCAGAACCAAAUUCACAGCUAAAUCGCACGCACACCACAGUCUACAGCAUCUCUGCUUUGCAGCUGCAGCUUAAUUUCAGAGCUAGCGAGCUACAACUUUCAGCAAACGCCUACUGACCACGACGACAGAAAUGGCUCCAGCUCGACCUUUCGCGUUGCUGUUUCUCGCAGUCACGGUCGGCUUCGUUCUGCUGACGGCGGCCGACGACUCGGCCAAUGCGACGGCGACGACGACGACAGCGAUGGCUCCGUCGUCAUCGACCGACGACGCGGCUCCGCCCGUGUGGCUGAAGGCGCACGCGACGUUCUACGGCGGCGCGGACGCGUCGGGCACCAUGGGAGGCGCGUGCGGCUACGGCGACCUUUACUCGCAGGGGUAUGGGACGCGGAACGCGGCGCUGAGCACGGCGCUGUUCAACGACGGCGCGUCGUGCGGGCAGUGCUACAAGAUCGCCUGCGACCGCAAGAGGGCACCGCAGUGGUGCAGGCCCGGCGUCACGGUCACCAUCACCGCCACCAACUUCUGCCCGCCCAACUGGGACCUCCCCAGCGACAACGGCGGCUGGUGCAACCCUCCACGGCCGCACUUCGAUAUGGCGCAGCCGGCCUGGGAGAAGAUCGGUAUUUACCGUGCCGGCAUCAUCCCCGUCAUCUACCAAAGGGUUCCAUGUGUAAAGAAGGGUGGUGUGCGGUUCACCAUCAACGGGCAUGACUACUUCAAUCUCGUUCUUGUGACCAACGUUGCAACCACCGGCUUGAUCAAGUCGAUGGAUGUGAUGGGCUCCAACUCAACCGACUGGCUGCCAAUGGUGAGAAACUGGGGUGCAAAUUGGCACUCGUUAUCGUAUCUCACUGGACAGAUGCUUUCCUUUAGGGUGACCAACAUGGACGGCCAGACGCUUGUCUUCAGAAACAUUGUGCCGUCAGGAUGGAAGUUCGGGCAAACAUUUGCAAGCAAACUGCAGUUCAAGUGAUCAUCCUGAAUUGAUUGGGUUUCUACUGCCUGACUGAUUAUUUAUGAUGGACAUUUGCACAGUGUAUAUAUACACGUUGUAAGGACUAUUGAAUUGUGCUUCUGUGCACUAUUGCACAUAUGAUUUUUUUUAUUUUUUAUUUUUUAUUGUUUAUACCUGAUUUAUUGGUGUAUAUAUUUAUGUCUUUAUCCCAUAUGUAUGGGUGGGUACUUGUAUAUACAAAGAUGUUUAUGCUCUUCAUUGAAUCAAAACAUAUUCAGAUUAAUUUUUA